AUGAGUGAACAAGUUGAAUUACAACCUAUCAACAGACAAGCUAAAGUAGCUAACUUUGAUAAUGAAAUAAGUAUCGAUAGAGGAAGAGAGGAGGAUAGAGUGUCUUUUGAACAAAUCGAAGAUGAAGAACACUCAGAUUUUUCGGAUGACUCACACGAUCAAAUGAAUAAUGAUAUUCCUGAUGGUGGUUUAAGAGCUUAUAUGGUGUUACUUGGUUCAUUCUUAGGUUUGACUGCUAACUUCGGUACUUUGAAUUCCGUUGGUGCUAUUCAAACAUAUUUGGCUACCCAUCAAUUAUCAGAUGUUUCUGCAUCAACCUUAUCAUGGAUCUUUUCAAUUUAUUUAGCUUUAGCAUUUUCCUUGACUAUAGUAGUAGGACCAUAUUUCGAUUCCCAAGGAGCUUUGAAACCAAUGGUGUUAGGUAACAUAUUGUCAUUCUGUGGUAUGAUGGCUACAGCAAACUGUAAAACCGUUUGGCAAUUCAUUUUAGCCCUUUCUUUAUGCCAUGGUAUAGGGAACUCUUUAUUGAUCAGCCCUUUGGUGGGAGUUGUUAGUCACUGGUUUUAUCAUAAAAUAGGUUUAGCUAUUGGGUUAAGUUCUGUCGGUGGAAGUAUCGGAGGUAUGGUGAUUCCUUUAAUGUUAAGAUCAUUGUAUGCAAAAGUUGGAUUUAUUUGGGCCAUCAGGAUCCUUGCCUUUUUCUGCGCUGCAUUGAACAUUAUGGCAACUGUCUUGGUAAAAGAAAGAGUAAGAAGUCCUAGAAUUGAUAGAGCAGAAAGAAUCAGUGAAGGAAAAAGAAAAAGAUUCAUUGACUCUGCUAAGAAUUUCUUAGAUAUUACUGCUUUGAAAGAUGCAAAAUUCGUUCUGUUAGUUUUAGGAGUCACAUUCGGUGAAUUGGCUCUUUUAUCUGUUGCAACUUAUUAUGGAACUUAUGCUGUAGUUGCAGGACUUUCAGAAAGUGCUUCAUAUAUCUUAUUGACAAUAUUCAAUGGUGCAGGUAUUUUUGCAAGAUCUUGUAUUGGGUAUUUGAGUGACAGAAUUGGCCAUUUCAAUGUUAUGAUAGUAAUGGUAACUCUUUCAGCCAUCUCCAUAUUAGUACUUUGGUUACCUUUUGGUACAAAUCAUGUUAUACUUUAUGUUUUCAUUCUGAUUUUUGGUUUCACAUCCUCCCUGAUUUUGUCAUUGACCCCAGCUUGCUUAAGACAAAUCACUCCCGUAAGUAAAUUUGGGUCCAGAUAUGGGUUGAUGUAUUUCUUUGUCAGUAUAGGUAAUCUUUUUGGAAUCCCAAUAGCUAGUGCAAUUAUCGGUGACCUGAGUAUCUUUCAUUACCGUAUGUUUGCAUUAUUUUGUGGCUUGGCCACAUUAGUUGGUUCAGCCUUCUGGGUGUUGAGCAGGUACUAUGUUGUCGGUUUAAGGCUCAAUGUCAGGAUAUAG